GAAGCCAAAAAUCUUCCCUCUUACCCGGGGCCAAACAAGAUGAGAGAUUGCUACUGCACGGUGAACCUGGACCAAGAGGAGGUUUUCAGGACCAAGAUUGUGGAGAAGUCUCUCUGCCCCUUUUAUGGAGAAGACUUCUACUGUGAAAUUCCACGGAGUUUCCGGCACCUGUCGUUCUACAUUUUCGACCGAGACGUUUUCCGGAGGGACUCCAUCAUAGGGAAGGUGGCCAUCCAGAAGGAGGACCUGCAGAAGUACCACAACAGGGAUACCUGGUUCCAGCUGCAGCACGUGGACGCGGACUCCGAGGUGCAGGGCAAGGUCCACCUGGAGCUGAGGCUGAGCGAGGUCAUCACAGACACGGGCGUCGUCUGCCACAAGCUGGCCACACGCGUCAUCGAGUGCCAAGGCCUCCCCAUCGUGAACGGGCAGUGCGACCCGUACGCCACCGUGACGUUGGCAGGACCGUUCAGGUCAGAAGCGAGGAAGACUAAAGUGAAGAAGAAGACCAACAACCCCCAGUUUGACGAGGUGUUCUAUUUUGAGGUGACCAGGCCCUGCAGCUACAGCAAGAAGUCGCACUUUGACUUUGAGGAGGAAGACGUGGACAAACUCGAAGUCAGAGUGGACCUCUGGAAUGCCAGCAACCUCAAGUUCGGAGACGAGUUCCUGGGAGAGCUGCGGAUCCCGCUGAUGGUCCUGCGGCAGUCCAGCUCCCACGAGGCGUGGUACUUCCUGCAGCCCCGAGACACCGGCAGCAAGAGCCUGAAGCCGGACGACCUGGGGUCCUUGAGGCUGAACGUGGUGUACACGGAGGACCACGUGUUUUCGUCCGACUACUACAGCCCCCUGCGGGACUUGCUGCUCAGGUCGGCGGACGUGGAGCCCGUGUCGGCGUCCGCGGCCCACAUCCUGGGCGAGGUGUGCCGGGAGAAGCAAGAGGCGGCCAUCCCGCUGGUGCGGCUGCUCCUGCACUGCGGCCGGGUGGUGCCCUUCAUCAGCGCCAUCGCCAACGCCGAGGUGAAGCGGACCCAGGACCCCAACACCAUUUUCCGAGGAAACUCCCUCACGUCCAAGUGCAUCGACGAGACGAUGAAGCUGGCGGGCAUGCACUACCUGCACGUCACCCUCAAGCCCACCAUCGAGGAGAUAUGCCAGAGCCACAAAUCUUGUGAGAUCGACCCUGUGAAGUUGAAAGACGGUGAAAACCUUGAAAACAACAUGGAGAACCUGCGCCAGUACGUGGACCGCAUCUUCCACGUUAUCACCAAGUCGGGGGUGAGUUGCCCCACCGUCAUGUGCGACAUCUUCUUCUCGCUCCGAGAGGCGGCGGCCAAGCGCUUCCAGGGUGACCUGGACGUGAGGUACACCGCCGUGAGCAGUUUCAUCUUCCUCCGGUUCUUUGCUCCCGCCAUUCUCUCCCCCAACCUCUUCCAGCUCACGCCUCACCACACGGACCCGCAAACAUCCAGGACGCUGACACUCAUCUCCAAGACGAUCCAGACCCUGGGCAGCUUGUCCAAGUCGAAGUCGGCCAGUUUUAAGGAGUCCUACAUGGCCACGUUUUAUGACUUCUUCAAUGAGCAGAAAUACGCCGACGCGGUCAAAAACUUCCUGGACUUGAUUUCAUCCUCGGGGAGAAGAGACCCCAAGAGCAUUGAGCAGCCUAUCCUACUCAAAGAAGGGUUCAUGAUCAAGAGGGCACAGGGGAGAAAGCGCUUCGGAAUGAAGAACUUCAAGAAGCGGUGGUUUCGCCUGACAAACCACGAAUUCACCUACCAGAAGAGCAAAGGAGACCAGCCCCUCUGCAGCAUCCCCAUCGAGAACAUCCUGGCCGUGGAGAAGCUGGAGGAGGAGUCCUUCAAGAUGAAAAACAUGUUCCAGGUGAUCCAGCCGGAGCGCGCCCUCUACAUCCAGGCCAACAACUGCGUGGAGGCCAAGGACUGGAUCGACAUCCUGACCAAAGUCAGCCAGUGCAACCAGAUGCGCCUCACCGUCUACCACCCGUCGGCCUACCUCAACGGCCACUGGCUGUGCUGCAGGGCCUCCUCGGACACAGCCGCCGGCUGCUCCCCCUGCACCGGCGGCCUCCCGGCCAACAUCCAGCUGGACAUCGACGGGGACCGGGAGACGGAGCGCAUCUACUCACUCUUCAGCGCGUACAUGGCCAAGCUGGAGGAGAUGCAGGGUGCGCGUGGGGCGCGGGCGGGCUGCAGGGCGGCCCUCGGGCGGAGCUCCAGGGAACACCCCAUCGGAGACAAGAGCUUCCAGAGCUACAUACGGCAGCAGUCAGAGGUCUCCACGCAUUCCAUUUAA